AUGACUGAAGAAGAAAUCGCAAGACAAACAAAGUGGAGAGAAAAAAUACAAAGAGCUGAAAGAGGAGCAGCAGCAGCAGAGACUGCUGCUGCUGCUGCUGCAGGAGGCAAGAAGAAAAAAUCUAAAAAACGCAGCAGCAGCAGCGACAGCAGCAGCAGCAGCAGCAGCAGCGACAGCGACAGCGAGGACGACUCUCCAGGAGCAUCAAAACAGCAGCAGCAGCAGCAGCAGCAGCAGCAGCAGCAGCUAGAGGAGGGAGCGCUGCGUCUGAGAGCCCCAGGGAUGGCUGGUAGUUUGUUAGAGACAGAAAUUGAAAGGAAUUAUAAAGAGACAGAACAAAGAAGAAAGGAGACAGAAGAAAGACUUCAAAGAAAACUAAACAAAAAACUGCAGCAAGGGCAGCAAAUGCAGCAGCAAGAAUACGCCAAGUUGGCGAGUGCUUUAGGGACAGACUUCGUAGCGUCGAAGCAGUUCCGCGGGGAGAAGCUGGGCUUCGUAUUCAAAAAAGGAGACAAUGGCAAGAAAAAGAGGAAGAAGGCCAGCAGCAGCAGCAGCAGCGACAGCAGCAGCAGCGAGGACGAGGAGGAGCCCGCUGCACCUCAACGUGCUGCUGCUGCUGCUGCUGCAGCAACUUCCCCUGCUGCAGCAACGGGAGCAGCAGCAGCAGACGCAGCAGCACCUGCAUCCAGAGCAGCAACUCGGCCUAAUGUUGCUGUCUUAGAAGCAGCAGCAGCUGAGAUGCAACACAAGGCUGAAGAAGAAGAAGGAAGUUCUUCAGAAGAUGAUAUGGCGGGGCCUCGCCCGAUGGAAGUCACGAACAAACUUGCUCAGAAGAACAUGGACUACGGUUUUGCGCUGCGACCGGGAGAAGGUGAAGCCAUUGCGCAGUUCGUGCAAGAGGGUAAACGUAUCCCCAGAAGAGGAGAGGUCGGUCUGACGGCUGAAGAGAUUUCGAAUUUUGAGAGUUUGGGAUACGUCAUGAGCGGCUCGAGACACCGGCGAAUGAAUGCUAUUCGUAUUCGGAAAGAAAACCAAGUGUACAGCGCAGAAGAACAAAGAGCUUUAGCGAUGUUAAAUUAUGAAGAAAGAGCUGCGAGAGAAACGCAGCUGCUCUACGAUCUAAAAGAAAUGCUUAAAAAACAAAAUGAAGCUCUCUUCGCUGAUGAAGUCGAGGAAAGUAAUAAAUAA